AUGGCCUCGGCAGCAGUCAUGGCGUCUUCCUCGGCGCUCCCUGCCGCUCGACCCCCGCCUCCUGACAUGGACCUGGACGACAAUCUCCCCGACAACGCCUUCACGUCGAUCGACGAGCGAGCCAUCGAGAUACGCGAUUCGUCCGAUCCCAUGUCGAUGCUCAGCUUCUACCGUCGACUAUUUCCUUGGAAACAGCUUUUCGCCUGGCUCAACCACGAUCUCCCCCACAUGUCGGCCACCAAAUGCUUCACCCAUCGCGAGUUCGCCUUUACACUCCAAAAUGAAGCUUACCUCCGUUACAACUCUUUCGCAUCAGCCGACGAGCUCAAGAAGGAAGUCUGUCGUCUAAACCCAGCCCGUUUCGAAAUCGGACCUGUCUACACUGCCAAGCCCAAAGACAGGAAAACCGUCCAGAAAGCUUCUUUCAAGCCAGUCCAACGGGAGCUUGUGUUCGAUAUCGAUAUGACCGAUUACGAUGAAGUGCGAACGUGUUGUUCGGGCAAAGGUAUCUGCAAAAGAUGCUGGGCGUUCAUUGCUGUCGCGGUGCAGGUGCUGGAUGAGGCACUGAGGGAAGAUUUCGGGUUCAAGCAUCUGCUCUGGGUGUACUCGGGUCGUCGUGGUAUCCAUUGCUGGAUCUCGGAUAAAGAAGCGUUUGAACUGGCGGAUGAUGCGAGGAAGGCUAUCGUGGGCUGGCUCGAGGUGAUCAAGGGAGGCGCUAACCAAGUCAAGAAAGUCGAUGCUGGUUGGAUGGGUAGUGCUGGUGGAAGGAGUUUGCAUCCGAGCUUGCGACGUGCUAUUGAUGGAGAGGGAAGCGAGAGUGGUCCGUUGAAGCUUGCUUUCGUCGACACUGUGCUCAAGGACCAGGACUGCUUCCGCUCGCCAGAACAGUGGGGUGUUCUACUCCAGCUGCUGCCCUCACCCGAAGCCGAAGCAAUCGAGAAGCUCCGCUCGAAAUGGGAAAGGUCAUCCAACCGAUCGAGUCUCGAAAAGUGGCAAGAUGUUAUGGAAGCCGCCCAACGAGCCGGCGAAUACAAGAGCGAACGCAUCUGGCGUCCUUGUCUCGAAGACAUCAUCCUCCAAUACACCUACCCUCGCAUCGACGCCGAAGUCUCGAAACAUCUCAACCACUUGCUCAAGUCGCCUUUCGUCGUUCACCCAGCCACAGGUCGAGUCUGUGUACCUCUCGAGCCAAGCAAAGUGUUCGACUUUGACCCCGAGAACGGCUGUCCUACCGUCGCACAGCUGCUUCGCGAGCUCAACGCGUACGAGGCAUCGCACAAGGAUGCAUUACCAGCAGUCAAGAGCAACUAUAAGAACGAGCUAGGAGCCGCAGCUGAUGGGUUGGGAGCAACAGUGAAGCAAGAUUGGGAAAAGACAAGCUUGAAGCCCUUUGUUCAACUGUUCGAGAAGCAUUGCAAUGCGAUUGCUAAGGAGACAAGGGCGUUGAGGAGAGCUCAGCAGGAACAGAACGCUACCGACUUCUGA